AUUUCGUCAUUUGACAGAACAGAUGAGUUCUAAAGCGGACCAAUGAUAUGAUAAUUAAGUAGUGAAAAUUGUUUGACAUUUAGUUCGCAUAUAUACAAAAACCGAAUAAAGCUCGUUUCUUAAAUGAACCAUAAGCAAUGGAUGACAUUUACGAAAAUGGAAAAGACAUCUUUACACAAGAUGGUGUUUUGCUCCAGACAGCAAGUAGUACGCAUAUUGCUGACUUGAAUACAAAUGGUACAUUAUGUUUUGUGGAAUACAACAACAACGCACGAUGCAUAGAAUGGAGACCUGUUGAUAUUUUGGUCGAUUCCGAAAUGCAAGAUCAAGAGUGGGCAAUGGUCAAUACUAUAGGUAAACGUAUGAGAACCAUUAGUGGUACACUAGUACCAGCAGAAGGUAUUAACAAAACAAGAGUUGUACGUCUGAAUUUGAAAGACAUGAAAGGUUUCAAAUUAUCACGUAACAAUCGAGAGAUGUCUUUCAUUGAAAAUAACAAUACAAAACAUAGUUCAUUCUUUUUCCAACAUGCCAAUGGUGAUAAUUUUCUAAAUCUGCUGAAGUCGAAAAUUAAAACUGUUAAAUCUAAAUCAGAUAAAAGUUUAUAUUUGAUUCUAAAUGAUCCUGUUCUAGAAGUGAUAGAUAAAUCAUUUACUGAAUUAGAUAUAUUCAGUGAGGAUACCGGUGAUGUUGUAUGGAAAUUUGUGAAAAAUUUACAAUCUAGGCCUUAUGAAACCGCCUUGGAGGCAUUUUCUAAAUUGAGUGAUUUUGUUUUCAAUGGAACUGACCCGCAUCAUGGAACGAGGUACUAUGAGGAAGUUGCAGAUUUGAUUACAAAGAGUAUGACUGCAAUUGAUGAAGCUACAACUCACACUUCAGAUGAGUAUGAAGUUAUAGGAAAAGUAUCAGUUCUACCUCCUCGUAUUAAAAUCCACAGAGGUAAUCCAUUAUCUCCAGAACAAUGGGCAGGACUUAAAGAUAUCAAUGGAAGAAUACUGGAGGUUGAAGGAGUGAAACAAAUAAUAUUUAGAGGAGGUGUUCAUCCCGAUAUAAGAAGUGAAGUGUGGAAAUAUCUCUUGGGAUACUAUAAUUGGAAUGAUACUUAUGCGGAACGUCUAGAAAAAGUUAAACAGAAAACAAAUGAAUACUUUGUUAUGAAACUGCAGUGGAAAUCAAUGACCAGCAGUCAAGAAAAUAGAUUUAUGGAUUUUCAAACUCGAAAAAAUCUCAUUGAUAAGGAUGUUAAUCGUACUGAUAGAACUUGUCCUUUUUAUGAAGGAGAUAAUAACCCUAACAUUUAUUCAUUAUUUGAAAUCCUAAUGACGUAUGUUAUGUAUAAUUUUGACUUGGGUUAUGUUCAAGGGAUGAGUGAUCUGUUGUCGCCAAUAUUAUUCUUAAUGGAAAAUGAAGUUGAUGCUUUUUGGUGUUUUGUUGGUUUUAUGGAUAAAGUUGCAUCAAAUUUUGAUAUGGAUCAGGCUGGUAUGAAGAACCAAUUACAACAAUUGCAUUUGUUAUUAUCAUUUUGUGAUCCUGAAUUGGCUACAUACUUGGAUAAUCAUGAAAGUGGAAAUAUGUUUUUCUGUUUUCGAUGGUUAUUAGUUUUGUUUAAAAGAGAAUUUUCACAGCUGGAUAUCAUGAAUUUAUGGGAAAUAAUUUGGACCGAUCUGCCAUGCAAAAAUUUUCAUUUAUUAAUUUGUAUCGCCCUACUAGAUUCUGAAAAGUCAACGCUAAUUGGAAAAGGAUAUGGUUUUACUGAAAUAUUAAAACAUAUAAAUGAUUUAUCUCAAAACAUAAACUUGCAAGAAUGUCUGUGCAAGGCGGAAGGAAUUUAUCAUCAAAUAGUAUCUGCAUCUCAGUUGACUGAUACCAUACGAUCUAUAAUUGGUCUCCCAAUACCUCACCGACCAACAUCUGAUGAUAGCAUAGAAAAUGAAUUAACUUCUGCUUAUGAAAAUAGAGAUAUAAUUUCUAUAUCACCCAGCAGAGAAGAGGUAGCAUAUGAGAACGCUAUCAGCGUAUCUUUUUUAUAAUA